AGUUGCUUCCUUUAAAAAAGCAGACUAAACAUACUUUCUCUCUUCUCUACUAAGUGAUCGGAGUCAAGUCAAGCAUAUUUGUAAGUCGUCAAAAUCACCCACAUCUGUCAACAAAAUUUACACAAUCUAGAGAAGAUUGCUAAUGUCUUUGAGGGAAGAAGAGAACCCGGUGGGUGCAAGCUGCCCAAACCAAUCCAAUUCUAGGAGUAAAAGGAGAAGGAGAAGGAGUGUGAAGAAAGUAAAAGCGGUGAAGCAUUAUUCGUCUGAUCACCAGAAACUAUUGGUAGGAGAAGGAGGAUUGACAUCUUUAAGGGAAGAAGAAAACUCGGUGGGCGCAAGCUGCCCAAACCAACCCAAUUCUAGUAAAAGGAGAAUGAGAAGGAGUGGAAAGAAAGUAAAAUGGUUGAAGCAUUAUUCGUCUAAUUUGGCAGGAGAAGGAAAUUUGACGUCUUUGAGUGAAGAAGAGAGCUCGGGAGCAAAGUGCCCAAACCAGCCCAACUCUGUGAGGAGGAGAAGGAUAAGGAGUGAGAAGAAAGUAAAAUGGUUAAAGCAUUAUUCGUCUGAUCAUCGGAUAUUGCUGGUUGGAGAAGGAGAUUUCUCAUUUUCACGUAGUUUGGCUAUGACUUUUGGUGAUGCUUCCAACAUCGUGGCUACUUCCCUUGAUUCUUGUGAUGUUGUGAUUAAGAAAUACAAGGGAGCAAAAACAAACUUGGAGAACUUGCAUUCUCUUGGAGCUCAGUUGUUACAUGAAGUUGAUGCACUCCAAAUGAAGCUUCAUAGAGAUCUUCAAAUGCAGAAGUUUGACCGGAUUAUUUUUAACUUUCCACAUGCCGGUUUUCUGGGGCUUGAAGAUGAUCAACGGGUCAUCAAGAUGCACAGAAAUCUGGUUUGUGGUUUCCUUAAGAAUGCAAGUGGCAUGUUGCGUCCAAAGGGUGAAGUUCAUGUAACCCACAAGACUUCCGAUCCUUUCCAAUCUUGGAAUAUUGAAGAGCUUGCCACUCAAAAUUCUCUAAUAUUGCUUGAACUCAUGGAGUUCAAACUUGAAGAUUAUCCAGGUUACAGCAAUAAAAGAGGAGACGGAAAGAGAUCUGACGCAUCAUUUCCUUUAGGAGAGUGCAGUACUUAUAAGUUUGUGUUGUUUUCGAAAGGCAAUCCGAUCAAGGAAGAUGGAUUAUGCAAUUGCGAUCCUCCUCUAAGAAGAGUUGAGCAUAUAUCUUGGUCAAAGAACAACCCAAACAGAAGAUUUAUGGGUUGUCCUAAAUAUAAAGGACCUGAUAGUGAGCACUGUAAAUCCAUUGACUGGAUUGAUCCAUCUCUAAGUGGCCGGUAUAAAAAAGCAAUGUAUGAGAUUCGUCGUGAAAGGGAUGAGAAAGAAAAACUAAUCGAGUCUCUAACUCAUCAAAGGAAGGAGAAAGAAGUAGCGAUUGCAGCUUUGGUUAUAGAAAAGAUUCAGAAAGAAAAACUAACGGAGUCUCUAACUCAUCAAAGGAAGGAGAAAGAUGUCGCGAAUGCGGCUUUGGCUAUGGAAAAGAUUCAAAAAGAAAAGUUAACGGAAGCUUUAAAAUCCCAAAGUAAAGAAAUGGAUUCAUACAAAGAAAAACUAAUGGAGUCUCAAACUCGCCGAAGGAAUGAGAAAGAAGCAGGAAUUGAGGCUUUACGUAAAGAAAAGAUUCAAAAGGAAAAGUUAAUGGAAUCUGUAAAGUCCUUAAAUAAAGAAAUUGAUGCAUACAAAAUAUGGAUGAAUAAGCUUUAUAAAAGAUGUUUGAUGAUAUUUGUAGUCUUAGUAGUUAGUUAUUGGUGUUCUUAGUAUUUUUCUUUUUGUGAGAUAGUACUGUAAUGGCUUGGACUUACUUUUAAUAUGUAUGCAAAUGAAUUUUAUGCA